GGCAGCCUGCCCGGGAGCCAACAUGGAGCAGAAGAUCAGCUCCUUCUUUAAUUCCAUCUUGGAGCUCAUCCGUACCAAGCAUGAGGAAGGCAUCUUCAACACUGUCUGUCUGGCUGUGCUGUUGGGUCUGCCCUUUGUCGUCCUCAUUGCAUUCAUUUUCAUCUGCUGCCACUGCUGCUUCUGCAGCCAGCGGGGAGAAAGCAGGAAGAAAGGUGGCCCCAGCAGCAACGGGCAGCUGCACGCUGAGAGGAACAAGAAGAAAAAGAAAAAGAAGAGGGAUGAAGAAGACCUAUGGAUUUCUGCUCAGCCCAAGCUGCUCUUGCUGGACAAGAGACCUUCCUUGCCCAUCUAGUGGACAGGAGGGCAUAGAGGCCCUCUCCUCUGACAUGCCACCAGUCCUUUCAGCUCUGCGCUGCAAGGGGCGAAGAGAUGCCAAAGCUGCUGCC